GCCUGGGACUCUUCCCGGUCCACUUCCCUGAUGUUGAACGGGUGGAAUGGCUUAACAAGGUCGUUGUGCAAGCCUGGCCAUACUUUGGGGCAGUCAUGGAAAAAGCAUUUAAAGAAAAAGUAGAACCAAAGAUCAGAGCGAAGAACGUGCACCUGAGGACGUGCACCUUUACCAAACUCGACUUUGGAGAAAAGUGCCCUAAAAUCAAUGGAGUAAAGGCUUAUACCAAGGAAAUUGAUAGAAGACAAGUGACCUUGGACGUGCAAAUAAGUUAUAUAGGGGACUGCGAGAUUCACAUGGAAAUAUCAAAAUUCAAAGGAGGAGUGAAAGGAAUACAGUUACACGGAACAUUACGGAUGAUACUGGAACCACUUCUCCCAGAUGUGCCUUUCUUUGGCGCCCUGACAAUAUUUUUUAUGCAGAAACCGCAUUUGGAAAUCAACUGGGUAGGACUGACCAACCUCCUUGAUGCCCCAGGAAUUAGUGAAAUGUCAGACACACUAAUCCAAGACCUGAUUGCUUCACGGCUGGUGUUACCAAACAGAAUCACAAUUCCACUGAAAAAGAACAUGAACAUUUCCCAACUGCGAUUCCCUAUCCCACGUGGAGUAGUAAGAGUUCAUCUCCUACAAGCUGAAAAUCUUGUCCAGAAAGACCACUUCCGGGGAAAGUCUGACCCUUAUGCUAAUCUUCGAGUUGGGUUGGUGCAGUUCCGAAGCAAGACCAUACAACGAAAUCUUAAUCCCAUCUGGAACGAAAUGUAUGAGUUUGUUGUUCAUGAAUUGCCUGGUCAGGAUUUAGAAGUGGACUUGUAUGAUGAAGAUACGGAUAAAGAUGACUUUCUGGGCAGCUUACUUAUAAACCUUACUGAUGUAAUGAAUGAUGGAAUUGUUGAUAAGUGGUUUCCCUUAAGUAAGACUGAAAGUGGACAUUUGCAUUUAAAGCUGGAGUGGCUUUCAUUAGUAACUGACCAAGAAAAACUACAUCAGGAUAAGAAUGGCCUAGCCACCGCAUUGUUAAUAGUCUAUUUGGAAAGUGCUUGCAACCUUUCGAUGGACCAAGAUGCUUCCUCCUAUGUCGUGCUCAGUGUGGGUAACAAAACUCUGAAAAGCAAGACCUGCAAAUUCAAUAAAGAUCCGAUGUGGGGCCAGGCUUUCACAUUCUUCGUCCACAGUGCCCAGUCCCAGUCGCUUCAUUUGGAGAUAAAAGAUAAGGAUCGGCAGAAUGUGCUGGGAACCUUGGCUGUAUCUCUCUCUCACUUGCUAAAGGAUUCUGAGAUGACUCUGGAUCAGAGAUUUCAGCUGGAUCAGUCUGGUUUAGACAGUUUUAUUAAGAUGAAACUUGUGUUACGGGUCUUGUGCAUCAAGGAACCUGAUCCACAAAGCAACAAUACUGGUGGCAAAGCUCUGAAGCAAGUUCCUGUACCUGCUGCAGAGAAGGGUGGAAACCAACACAAAAGUCCCCUCCCACCAAAAAUAGAACCCUCCAAAGUAUCCCAUGUGAGCAAAGACUCUGGAGUGCCUGAAGCCAAAGGAGCUAAAAAAGAGAGCACUGCAGGCCUUACUGUAAUUGAGCACCCAGCAGGAUCUGCUGUAAAUGAGAAUUCUGCUGAGUUUAAUGCACCAGCAGGUUCACAAUAUCUGGAACCACACCCGUUGGUGACUCUACCAACAAGAAAACUGGAACACAGUGCUGCUCCCAGUGUUGCUUCACUGAGCUCUUUUGCCACUUCAUGCUUUGAAUUAGACAGCAACCUGGCUCUUAAUGGAACAAAUCUAACUGGAAUGCCCCUGGGAGAGAUCCAGCUCGCUGUGCGAUACGCCUCUUUGCGACGCAGUCUCAUUGUGAUGAUAAAUGGCUGCAGAAACUUGAUGCCACCUUCUAAUCGUGGAGUAGAUCCAUAUGUUCGUGUCUACCUGCUUCCAGAUAAAAGACGGGCAAGCAGAAGGAAGACUACUGUUAAGAAAAAAACAUUCGACCCCCAUUAUGAUGAAAAAUUUGAAUUUUUUGAAUCUUUGGAAGAAGUCAAGAAAAGGACACUAGACAUUGCAGUCAAAAAUAGCAGAUCGCUUAUUUCACGUGAAAGAAGGGAAUUGGGAAAAGUGCUGAUUGACUUGUCAAAGGAAGAUUUAAUCAAAGGCUUCUCUCAAUGGUAUGAGUUGAGAACGUACAGACAAAGCAGAAGAUGAUGUCCUGUACCAUGUGCCUUACAUGCAAUGACUUAUAUUCUUUAUAUGGGGGGGUGUGUAUAUAUGUAUAUUCUGUAACUAAUCUGUUUUUAAAACUUCAGAAUAUUGUACACAAAGCAAGUUGUGAGAUGAUGUGUUUAUAUUUUACCCUUUUCAAAUGGCUGGCUAUCAUUUUAGAAAAGGUAGAAAUUGAAAUUUUCAGAUUUAGACUAGCUCUGGAGGUGUUAAACC